AUGGCGACUGCGGCCGUGGCGGGAAGUGAAGACACAGUCAACAGCAGCCUGCACGCGUCAAUGAAGGACUUAACGGACCCCUUUGUGGACGAUGGCCAGUCUCGACAGUCGUCGCACACCCACCGCUAUUCUAGUCUGGUUGACCCCGAAUCACUGACUCUGGGCGCAAGCACAUCCCCCUCUCAAGUCAAACGAAGUAUUGUCGCGCACCUCGCCGAAACCGAGCGCCGUUUACAAGAUACCCAGAAACUCGGAGAGUCUCUCUUACUGCAGCAGUCAGAGCUGACCGACAAAUUGCGCGAAGUGGAAGAACAGCAAGGUGAUGCGGAGAUUACAUCUGAGUUGCGGCAGAGACUGGCAGAGUUGGAAAAAGAGCACAAUGAUGUUGGCAAAGAGAUUGCGAGAGCAUUGCUAGGUCCGAAGUCGAGAGCAGUCAGUGGAGAGGAAAAGCCUGGAGCGGAACAAUCCACCUUUUCUAGCCAGGCUACUCCCUCGCCGACAAAAGUAAUGGCUCCCAGUCGACGUCAACGUAACCAGCCGAGCAAUCGGGCCGGUGAUCUACAAUUCGCUGCCGAUAUCAGCACAUCUCUCCUGGCCCAGGUCAGACAGCUACAGAGCGCCAUUGCAGAACGAGACGAACUCUUGAAGCAGGCCAAUUCUGAGAGAGACCGUUUGGAGCAGGAAGCUUUUGUGUCUGCUCAACGUUUGCGAGCUCUGGACGAGAGUGAGCAGAAGUACAAAGAUGAGAACUGGAAUCUCGAAACGCAGACGCAUGAGCUCAUGGCCGCCGCUCGUGAGGCCGCCGAUCGCGAGAAAAGAUUAACGGCCAGUUUGGCCGCUGCAGUCGCUGAGAAAACUCGAGUCCAAAGCGAUAUGGACGAAAUUAGGCUUGCCCAUGAUAAAUUGAGCGAUGAACAUGCUGCAGCAAGAAAGGCUCAUGAUUCCGAGUUGCACACUCUCAAGCGCACAAUAGACGUGGGCGACAGUGAGAGAGCGACCCUACGAAGCAAGGUCGAAGAAUUGACAUCACAGAAUCAGGAACUAGCCCGAGCUGUUGCUGCUCGCCUGCGUGGUCCGCAUCCUGGGACAGAGGUCUCUGCAGCUCGAGAACAUGACGACGAAUUCAAAGAUAUGGAGGAUCCAGAAAAUUCCCCGCCUCCUUCGCCAACGAAAGCAACUCCUCGACACGGUGGCUUAGAGUCGGAAACUUUGAGGAGCUCUCUGCAUCACGCCCAUCGGAUGAUUCAAAACCUGAAGAACAACAUUCACCGCGAAAAGACCGAAAAAAUUGAGCUUAAGCGCAUGCUUCAGGAUGCUAGAGAUGAGCUUGAGCAACGACGUGGAGACGGGUCUUUAGGUAGUGGUACCAAACGACAAAAAACCAAGUCGGAGGCUUUCAAGAAACCAGCUCGCCCCGAUAUGCUGGGAGGCAGUCGACGCUCACGAACGGACGUGGAGUUGGAAGAUGAUGAUUGGGAGGAUCAUGUUGCCGAUACCCCAACUCAUGGAUCCAGUCAAAAGCAUCUGUCCGUACCCACUACGGCUGCUGCUGAGGGGCGCAUUACCGACACAAGUGAUGCGUAUCAGACUGCGAACGAGACUGAAGGUGCAUUUGAAACCGCGGAUGAGAGGCAUGCCACGGAAAGCGAAGACUUCCAGACCGGGGCCGAAAGUCUUGCAGGUGAUAGCACCGACGAUCUGACAGAAACUGAAGACACGGCCUCACAGAUUCGACGAGGAGGCUCUUCUCGACCCAGACCGAGCCUUCUAUUCAAGCCUGCCGGUGACCGGCAAUCGUUCAUGAGCACCGCCUCCACUUCUGCAGGUGAGGAUGAAGACGAGCUCAAAACUCCCGUGGUCACUCAAUCACACAAAUUCCGCCUCAGGAAUGGACGACAGUCUUGGGCCCGACAGUCUAGAGUACCGACGGAGAGCACUCCCACAGAUUUGUAUUCCGAACGGCCAUCUCAAGACUCCCCGGCGACAGUGACCAGUGACCGCAGUCCACCGGCUGUGGAGCAAAGCCUGUUUGCUGAGCUGGGUGGCCUUGAUGAGACUGUUAGUUUUGGCACUCCAGGCGGAGCUAGCAUAGCUUCUGCAACAUCCACACCAGGUAUUCCUACUUAUACUCCCAGCAGGGAGACGGGACUGCAGGCUACGCCCUUGAGCGUCGUGAAGACGGCGAUGGUUGACUCUGGGACAAUGACGGAUCCCUGGAAACCAGAGCAAAUUUCAACGCGUGACGCUGCCACAGAAGGAAGAGUCGAGGAAUUGCCUUUACCAUAUCACGAAAAGAUGCAAUCACCUCUUCCCUCGGACUUUCCUUUGCCUCCAACGGUUCCGACCUCACCUAUCAAACACAUUGAUAACGGUACUCAGUAUACUCCUCAAAGGUCGUUGCAAGACAGCCCCAUUAGGAAUACUGCAUUCAUCACACCUCCUAAGACUGUAUGGGACGAAGCUCAGAGCCCCGACGUAUUACAUUCAGAAGUUUCCACCACACCUCAUCCUCAGACUCCUGUAAGGUUGAAUUAUUCGGGCUUGCUGAUGCACGAUACGAUACCCACAUCUCCUGAAAAGGCUCUCCGGCAAACGACACGACAACCCGAGAUCGUGACAUUUUCUGCCAUUCAAUCUCAAGAGACGGAACCCAGUCAAACCCCGGCCAAGCAAACACCCGUUGGGGUCACACCCUCAACACGGGUUGAUGAUCUUCCCAGUCGGCCGCACACAGCACAAAAAGUAGCAACGACGGGUGUACUGGCAUCUGCUGCGGCUGUUCUAGGUUUGGCCAAAUCAAAAGAAGAGAUGAGGGAACCAGAAACGUCAACGACAGAAGGUUUGGAGCAAGGCCUUCCUUCUAAGGCGGCCGAGUCAAUUCAGCAGAAAGCCAGACCACCAAUCGUCUCCAACGACCGGGGUUCUCAAACAUUCUUGACUGCUGAGCAAAUUGAACAAGCUUUGCGAUCUAAAAGCAAACUUCCCGCACCAAUUCCUCUGCGUAGCGAGGCGAUAGAAAACACCACAUGCCCUGUCAGCCCUGCGGCGCCAACUGAAGCUACCCAGACGAGUGACUUGAACGUACAGGCUUCGAUGAAACCCGAUUCGGAAACCGUUCUAGUUGCCCCCGUCCCUUCGCCAGCUAAGCGACCAUCCAGUGCUUCAAGUCAGCGUUUGUCCAACAGUAUGGCACAUCCACCUCUUCCUCCCGAUCAUAAGGCCGUUAUCGCCAAGGCCACGAGCCGCGUGACAUCACCCACCAAGGAAUUCAAUUCAGCCCAAGUGCCGACGGUUAUGGGUCCCCCUGCUUAUCCUGCUUCUGCCAUGCGUCGUCCACGCACACCUGGCGACUCCGUCCGUUCCUCAACUCGUGAUAGCAAUGCACCGCGAAACUCGAAUGUGAGUCGGACCCAACGCGGAACCGUUACUUCUCAACUGUCACACCGUUCUUCAGUGUCAUCCUUCGCUUCGGAGGUAGAUGAGCGUUUCCACUUGCACACAAAUGGUCAAGUUGCUACUCAUGGAUUCAAUACAGAUCCAAGAAUCAUCCAGGCCAUUACACAGACCAUGAUCGGCGAGUUCCUCUGGAAAUAUACACGCAAAGCUGGCAGGGCUGAAAUGUCCGAAACCCGGCACCGACGAUAUUUCUGGGUCCACCCGUAUACCAAGACUCUAUACUGGUCGGAUCAGGAUCCGCAGACAGCCGGCAGGAGCGAAUUGAGAGCCAAGAGCGUUCUCAUUGAAAGCAUCGAAGUUGUCCCUGACGACAAUCCCAUGCCUCCUGGGCUUCAUAGGAAGAGCCUUGAGGUGAUUACUCCAGGUCGACGUGUGAGAUUCACUGCCAGUACGGGCCAGAGACACGAGACUUGGGUUAACGCGUUGAAUUACUUGAUACUUCGUGGUGACGACCCCAACGCUGGAAGCUAUCCCGCUGGAGGGAAUGAUAUCACCAGAGAUGAUCUCAACGAGUUCAAUGUCAAUGCAGGCGGAUAUGGGGCUACACUCGCUCCUGUUGGGAGUCGAAUGAGUUUGUCGAGCUACAAUUCUCGGACAACCCGAGGGACCAGUUCAAAUCGAGAAUCGGCAAUUCAACGACAGACGCUUCCUCCUGGUGCGAUUACGGCCACCACUUCGACUCGUAUACCUCAUGAUUCCGUCGCAAGUCGCACAGCUCCAAAUUCGACUAUGCGAAGAAGUCGGCCCGAACAGUCCCAAGAGUCUGACAAAGACCGCACGUUGCGGGCAAGGAGCGUAAGUCGUUUCUCACGCAUAAUUGAGUCCGUCACAGGACGUACCCCUGGAGCGAGUGAUGUUACGAAUACUCCAGCUGGAGCUAGGAGUGAAGGUGGAAGCAUCUACGACGCCAGUGUAGUCAGCGAUGCCCAGAAGGAUUCAGCAGAAGAACUCCGGAGAGAGAUGCUGAGGCAAGAAGAGGUUGGGUUCGGAGGCCUUGAGAAUGUGAGAGCUUGUUGUGAUGGAAAACACGAUGUGUCAACCCUAAGUCACAACCAUCGCCAUGCCAUGCCCCAUGACCAUGGGCAUAGAACUCUUAGUAUGAGCAUGAGUCUCCGUGGGACGGCCAGACGAGGUAGACCAACGUCUGUUUCCGCCACACCCACGGCUGCGGGUACGGGCCCCGGGUCGGUACCAAGUGCAACGCCUACGAGAUCCGCAACCAACGCGACGGCAUCUUAG